AUGCUGUACAGGCUGGCAGCUUGGAUGAUGGUAUCGCGCACAGGCGACAUCACAAUGUUUGGCCCCAUCAGCUUGCACCCGUAUACCAAGCAUGGUCAAGAUCCGCGAAUUUCAUUCCAGCAAGCUGGCCAGCAACGUUGGGAUAUUGUUGCACGUGGCGACGACGCGCUGUUGAGGAUGCGACACCUGGACAGCAAUGCGUGGGAAGUCGGGGCACGGACUACGUUCACUUAUCGCUCCACAUUCGCUAGCCCAUUGUUUGUGAUGGGUUCUGCCCAAACAGAAUUUGCAAUGGAUGUGGCAGACUUUGGUGUCACAGGCGGCGUGCUAGCAACAAUGGAUGAUGCGCGUGUUGGCCUCUUUGUAUCCUUGCGGAACUUUGGGUGA